AGUCAGUGCUGAAGCGCUGUUAUGGUUUUUCUUAGUGUCCGCGGCGGAGGAGCGCGCACUGUAUCACAGGCACACGACCGGGAUCUCCGCUCCGUUCCCGGUGACCUCUGCUUGGAAUGAGGAGACCAUGUGCAGCAUGAGCCCCAGCUCCGAGCAGACCAGCGCCAGCUGAGUGCAUUCCUUCCCUGCCCCGUGGAGCCCCAUCCCCGUGUCUUCUGCCGACACAAGAUGGACCUCUCCGCCCCCUCGUUGAAGGAUGUAAAGUGGAGCUCGGCCUCUUUCCCGUUGGAUUCGCUCGUUAGCUCGUACCGUUUGCCUCAGCUGGUCAGACUGGACAGCGCAGAAGGCGUUGAAGGUCUGCGGGAAAAUGACCAUCUCUUAAUUCACUCGUGCCGGCAGUGGACAACAAUCACAGCCCAUAGUUUAGAAGAAGGGCAUUAUGUCAUUGGCCCAAAGAUUGAGAUUCCUGUGCAUUAUGGAGGACAAUUUAAGCUGUUGGAACAGGACCGAGAUAUCAAGGAACCAGUGCAGUAUUUUAACAGCGUGGAGGAGGUGGCUAAAGCGUUUCCCGAGCGGGUGUACGUCAUGGAGGAAAUAACAUUCAACGUUAAGGUGGCCUCUGGAGAGUGCAACGAAGACACAGAAGUGUAUAAUAUCACACUAUGUACCGGAGAUGAGCUGACACUAAUGGGGCAGGCUGAAAUCCUUUAUGCAAAAACAUCCAAGGAAAAGUCACGUCUGAACACAAUUUUUAAGAAAAUUGGAAAAUUGAAUUCCAUCAGCAAGUUAGGUAAAGGCAAAAUGCCAUGUCUGAUAUGCAUGAAUCAUAGAACUAAUGAAAGCAUCAGCCUUCCUUUUCAGUGUAAAGGGAGAUUCAGCACACGCAGCCCUCUGGAGAUUCAAAUGCAGGAAGGAGAACAUACAAUUCGCAACAUUGUCGAGAAAACCAGAUUGCCGGUAAAUGUGACCGUGCCUAUCCCACCUCCGCGUAACCCAUAUGAUCUGCAUUUCAUACGAGAGGGACAUCGGUAUAAACUUGUUAACAUUCAGACCAAGACUGUUGUGGUUUGCUGCGUAUUGCGUGCCAACAAAAUCAUCCCCAUGCAUUUCCCAUUACAUUUGUCCGUUCCAAAAUUUAGCCUUCCGGAGAACCCGGUGAAAGGGGAAGCUUGGCAAGAUUCUGUGGUGCAGCACUGGUACAAUAUAUGCCAGGAACAGUUCGAUAUAGAAGAGUAUUCCCGGGCAGUAAGAGACGUGAAAGCGGAUUGGAACGAAGAAUGUAAAAGCCCUAAAAAGAACUGGUGUGCUGGCCAUAGCCACAUACCAAGUUCUCUUAGUUAUGCACGUGAUGAACUGACACAGUCUUUCCAUAGGCUUUCAGUCUGUGUGUAUGGAAAUAACCUUCAUGGGAACAGUGAGGUGAAUUUACAAGGCUAUAGAGACCUUUCUGGAGACUGGGCUGGGUUUCCUCAAGAUUCCCCACAGUAUCAUGAUUCAGGUGAUAGUGGAUGCGAUUACCUUUUUCCAGAACCCAGUGAAGAAUCAACAUGUCUACCAGCCAAGCCAGAACUACCUUAUGAGGAGCUCUGGCUAGAACAAGUAUCGGUCAAGAAGGUAGGGCAGCCUCUCACCCGUUCACAAAGUGAGAAGAACAAGUGUGACUCAUUUAGAGUUUCACAGCCCAAGUGUGGCACAUCCUCGCUCUCCUCUCCGGGAUCUCUACCGACAACCAAGUGUCCAGAAGUAUCCCCACCUCCAGUGCCACCAAAAUCUGAAGCUGUAAGAGAAGAAUGCAGGCUGCUGAAUGCUCCACCUGUGCCUCCACGCAGUUCCAAACCAUCGUCCCCCACCCCAUCUGUUCCUCCAUCAACAGGAAAAAUAGCGAGGCCGCAAACGCGUUCUCCAAGUCCUACGCUGUCUUACUAUUCUUCAGGGUUGCACAGCAUUGGAAUCACAGAAAACGAGAUGAACAACUCAGCAGAUACUGGACAGGUUUCCUGUUAUCCAUGUAACUGGAUUAAAAACGAAUUAAGUGAUCUUGAUAGUAAGUUGCCUUGUGGAAGUUCUUCUGAAAUUCUUCCUUCCAGAUUGUCCUGGCCAAAUAGAUACUGUGGUGGUGCAGAAGGUAGGAACGCUAAUGACUUACUUAUGGAUCAGUGUCGUAGUUAUUACAGCUAUCCUCGGCAAAAGACCCCAGGCACACCAAAGAGAAACCCCCCAGCUCCAUUUGACUUUAGUGGAUGUGAAUCCUUGGCAGGCUGUGUGCCAAUGACACCUGAUGAGUUUGCUGACAUUACAUCUGGCUGCCCAAAGUCUGCAAGCUACUCCCUGGACAGUUCCACAGAAAGAAAUUUAGCAGACAACAGCACAAAGCAAAGUGUGUCAUGUCCUGCUUUACCACCACGUGCACCAAAGUACAGCGAGUCAAGCUCGGUUUCAGAACCAUUGCCUCUGCCUUUAAAAAUAGAUGGAGCUGAGGAUGAAUUGGACACUUCUCCAUACAUCUCAGAGGAGCAUUACUUUGCAAAAAAGGGCAUGCAGGACAUUUUCUCUAUUUCAUACCCAUUUUCUUCUCCUCUGCAUAUGCAACUAGCUCCAAGGUCAUGUGGUGAUGGUUCCCCAUGGCAGCCUCCAUCGGACCUUUCUGGACUUUCUAUAGAAGAGGUGUCAAAGUCUCUCCGGUUCAUCGGUUUAUCUGAAGAUGUUGUGUCCUUUUUUGUUACUGAAAAGAUUGAUGGGAAUUUACUUGUUCAGCUUACAGAAGAGAUCCUGUCGGAGGAUUUUAAGUUAAGCAAACUGCAGGUUAAAAAAAUAAUGCAAUUUAUUAAUGGUUGGCGACCCAAAAUGUAACUGUAUAGUAGCUACAAGGUACUGAACAAAUUUUAUCUGGCUCUUGUUCGAGGGCUGUUACAGUAUGGAAAAGUUUUUUGCACUAAGAAAAUAAUUUUGGCUGUAUAUAGUUAUACAGAAUUUAUUACUAUGCAGUGAAUGGUACGAGUAGUAGACAAAUCACUUAGUACUGUAUGUUAAUGCAAACAUCGAAGAGAACACUCAGUGCGCCUCAUAACACUGAAAUGUGAGCAGCUGCUAGCAACCAUUUUCACAUAUAAAAGGGAACUCAAGUUCAUAAGCUUCAUGUCAAUAUAUGUACUAUGUUAUUUAGUAUUAAAACGUUUAAACAACAUUCUUUUAUUGACUUAUGGUAAAAUUGUUUAGUGCAUUAUUCCCAUAGGUGAUUGGAAAUAACACUUAUUUAAAUGUUAAAUGGCCUGGCAAAGACAAAUGAUUCUAGAUCUGCUGCAGAAUGGCUUGCCGGUUCAGGAAAUAGUGGGUUUUAGGUGUCACGUACGGCCCUAAUUGCUGAAUCGAGAAAUGUUUCCUGAUUCAGCUGCUCUCUUGCCAGUCACAAUCAGAGUAUAUCCAAGGUAUAUCUAGGGAUGAGGUGACAGAUGCACCAGGAAAAUAAAUUGAUGGAGUAUAUAAUUACUCAGAGUAAUCUGCAAAGACUUCUUCACUUCAUGUUCAGAAGGCUGAUUACUAUAGACGAAGUGUUAUUUCAACAUUAAUAUUCUUUUAAACCUUACCUUUUCUAAAUAAUAUAAUCUGUAUCACCCAGAACAAAACCACUGUUUGAGAUGUAGAAACUCAUUACGUGGUAAAAUAUGCCUUUAUAGACAAUGUAUGUUUUCAAUUGUACAUAAAUAUGUAUAAUAUAUA